AUGACGUCCCAGCAGUCGGAUUCUGAAGGUGUCGCGUGGAACAUACGUCUAGAUGAAGGAAAUAGUACAGCAGAAGCAGUAGCGGUGCGGAUGCCUAAGAGUGCUAGGACGCUGGAACACCAUAGGGGUUCUGUGAGCAUUCGAGAGUCAAACGAGGGCUGUGGACUCGACGGCAAAAGUCAAACUGGGGGAGGCGCGUACUCAUCAGCACCACAGUCGGAAACCAAUGAUGGAAAGGUGGAUAGUGUCAGAGAGAUGUUGGUGAGCGCGGCCAUGACAAGUGAAUCUAUGGCUGAGGCGGAGGACACGACGAGAGCUGCGAAGGAUAGCUGA